GCCGUGUAACCAUCAGUCAAUCUCAAAGCAGCGCUCGUCGCGCACGGUUGUUAUAACGCUACUUGAAAAUAAACAUCGCACUACAUACGCACGAUUCGCGCGUCACUUCGUGGGACUUUACCAAGGUUAAAUUUCAAUAAUUCAAAAUGAGUGAUUCGGGACACGCCAAGAUUGAAGAUAACCCAAAAAUACUUUCGGGACCAGUUCUCACAAACUCACCUAACGCAGUAUUAUCCAAGACACUACUGGGCCGUUACAAUGAUCUUGCGCUGCCAGUCGACCGCAUCCUGGCCACGUACGUCUGGAUUGACGGAACUGGCGAGCACCUGAGAUGCAAGGACCGCACCCUGACGUUCAUUCCAAAGCAACCAAAAGAGUUGCCUGUUUGGAACUUCGAUGGCAGCUCAACGGGGCAAGCGGAUGGCCACAACUCGGACACUUUCCUAGUGCCCCGUGCUAUGUACAAGGACCCAUUCCGUCGCGGCAACCACGUUAUUGUUAUGUGCGACACUUUCAAAUACAACAUGGAACCCACAGAAAGCAAUCACCGACUGAAGUGUCAAGAAGCGCACGACAAAUGCAAAGAUGACGAGCCAUGGUUCGGGAUUGAGCAAGAGUACAUACUCUUAGACGCGGACCUGAGGCCCUUCGGCUGGCCCCCGGGCGGUUUCCCCCCACCACAGGGCCCCUACUACUGCGGCGUUGGGGCGAACAAAGUAUUCGCUAGGGAUCUAGUUGAGGCACAUUACCGGUGCUGCCUCUACGCCGGUAUUCCCAUCGCCGGCACCAAUGCUGAAGUGAUGCCUUCCCAGUGGGAAUUCCAAGUCGGACCAGCAGUUGGAGUGAGCGCUGGAGAUGAUCUCUGGGUGGCUCGGUAUAUCUUACACAGACUUGCUGAGGAGUACGGAGUAAUCGUAACCUUCGACCCGAAACCCGUGCAGGACUGGAACGGAUCUGGUGCCCAUACUAACUUCUCGACUAAGAAGAUGAGAGAAGAGAAUGGUAUUAUUGAGAUCGAGAAGGCUAUCGACAAGCUGUCGAAGGUUCACAUGAAGCAUAUCAAGGUGUACGACCCACGCGGGGGCAAGGACAACGAGCGUCGCCUCACCGGCCUGCACGAGACUGCCAGCAUUAACGACUUCAGUGCAGGUGUGGCAAGCCGUGCAAGCAGCAUCAGGAUACCUCGCUUGGUAGCCGAGGAGAAGAAGGGCUACCUUGAGGACCGCCGGCCCGCUUCCAACUGCGAUCCUUACGCUGUGAUCAACGCACUGAUGCGGACUUGCAUCCUCAACGAAUAACAUCGGGGAGAAGAUCACGCCGCUUCCGAUCGUGCCAGCUAGCAGCGAGAAAUAACACUAUACUCAAAGCACGCGGCGUAGUGUUGCCAUUUUACGGGAUUUUUCCCACAUUUCUGGGUAUACACAAAUUAUUUUAUUUAUUUGGAUUUUAAUGUGGAUUUUAUUGAAAGAA